AUGGCUGAUGCAGGCUUCAUGGGUGUAUUUUCCCGUUCCCCUUUCCAUGCGGACUCCGUGCUCUUUCAAUCCACUGCAACGUUGGACCCCCGCGACGAGUCGGGGAGGCUGGAUGCUUAUCGCGUGCAGGAGUCCAAUCAGCGGUUACCAAUGGGAAUUGGUUGCGCUUUGAGUUUCGGCCAUGGUGUCUCACUGGGAUGUUACCCCGGAGUCCGCUGUGUCCGCUGUGCGGGGAGUGCACCAAUGCGUUCAAUCCAACUGGUACAGAUCCAGGGCUGGACUGUUCUCGGGCAGGAUGUCAUCCUGGGUAAUGGCAAGUGA